CCGAUCAGCGUCGUCUGUUCAGCGUCGGGACGCUCUUACGCGAUGUCACAAGCGUCGGCGUCGUCGGCACCCUUUGAUCCGCUAUCUUCGCGGUGGUUCGGGUUCCAUCACUAAAUGGAGUCAGGAAAGUACCACGGAGGAACCAUGCUGUAUCCAGUAGGGGAAGUACGAGUGGUGGGGGUACAGGACGAUAUGUGGAGGGGGGUAACGGAGGGGUACCUAGGUGCGGGGGUCGAGGAGGUAAUAGGGGAGUACAUGGAGUUGCCGCAGGCGUCCAUUGCCAGACACCUAGGACCCACAACCACCGCCGUCCCUGUCUAUUUCAAUGUCACCUUCAACGAAACAGGGACGGCCCUAGCCUCCGAGCUGUUCUACCGUCAUUCGGCCGCCAUGACCGCUGUGUAUUGCGUUGCCUAUAUCCUGGUGUUCGCCGUCGGCCUGGUGGGCAACUUUUUCGUCAUAGCCGUGGUAAUCCGUAGCCCGCGCAUGCGCACGGUCACUAAUUUUUUCAUCGUCAACCUGGCAGUGGCGGACAUACUGGUGAUCGUGUUCUGCCUGCCGGCCACUCUGAUGUCCAACAUCUUUGUUCCAUGGGUUCUUGGAUGGUGGAUGUGCAAAACCGUCCCAUACAUACAGGGUGUUUCAGUAGCUGCUUCAGUUUACAGCUUAGUAGCAGUAUCAUUAGACAGAUUUCUGGCCAUUUGGUGGCCUCUCAAAUGCCAAAUCACCAAGCGCCGCGCCCGUCUCAUGAUCGCCCUCAUCUGGAGCGUCUCUCUGACGGCCACCAUCCCCUGGGCACUCUACUUCGACCUAGUGGUCAUCUUCACCGACGCUCCAGACGUCCAACUCUGCCUGGAAGUCUGGCCAGAACCCAUGAACGGGUCCCUCUACUUCCUCGUUGCCAACCUCCUUUUCUGCUACAUCUUGCCCAUGAUCCUCAUCACCAUGUGCUACGUGCUCAUCUACGUCAAGGUCUGGAAAAGGCACAUUCCCACAGAUACCCGUGAUGCUCAAAUAGAAAGGUUACAGCAAAAAUCCAAGGUAAAGGUGGUGAAAAUGUUGGUAGCGGUUGUGAUUUUGUUUGUGAUCUCUUGGUUACCACUUUACGCGAUCUUUGCAAGGAUUAAACUAGGUGGAGAGAUAGCUCCAUGGGAGGAGGAGCUACUCCCUGUAGCUACACCGAUAGCUCAAUGGUUGGGAGCUUCGAAUUCUUGCAUCAAUCCCAUUCUGUAUGCUUUUUUCAAUAAAAAAUUCCGUAAAGGAUUCGCAGCAGUGUUGAAGAGUAGGCGUUGUUGCGGCAGAUUACGUCACUACGAAACAGUCGCCGUUACAACAGCCUCCUCAUCAGCCAGCGUAAGAAAAUCAUCUCAUUUCUACAAUAACAACUCCUCAACCAAGAAACUCACAGCCACCCCCGAUGCUCUAGCCGUUUCCUACAUUUGUAACAACAGCGGUGCUUAGAGAACCGCAGCUUUACCUUAACCCCUGUUUAACUGGUUGAAGAAAUAAUUUUUAAAAAGGAUUUUAAAGGAGGUAAACCUAAGAUGGAGUUUAGGAGAGAUUUUUACGAAAGGUUUUUAGAUAGGGAUGAGGGAAAUUGAAUAGGACCGUGUUUUUUUGGGUCUGAGUCUAAUACUGCAUCACCUUAGCGUGUCUUAAGAGUAUUUUUUUAGAUGGAGAGUUGUUAUUUUGAUACCCCGACGAUUAGAUGAUAUAUUACGCUUAAAAACUCACAAUGUUUCUAAAAAUUAAGUAGAAAAACUCACAAUUUUGACCUAUAUUCUCCUUUUUCUAUAAUAAAAAUAAAUAAGGAGAUCCUUUUGGUUCUAUUUAGAUGUCCUUAGAUGAUGCUUUCAAUAAAAUAUAACUUUGUUAGGUUUAAAAAGAGAAAAAAACAAAGCAGAUGUCUGUAUACGCUUUGAAAUAGUUAUUACCAGUUAUUACCGAACUAUUACCUUACCCAGAUAGAGGCAAACGCAAUAAAACCAAUAAUAUUUCUGAUAGAAUUUAAGAUAAAGUUACGAUUCUUGAUAAAAUGGCGAAGGAUUUUAUUUAAAAAAUUUCAAAUUACAUAUCUUAGGAUUUUUAAGCCUAAAAAAUUCAAGCUUAAAUAUUUUUAGCUCUUUUAUAUACAAAUUUUAUGGGAAUCUGGCUUGUUUUCAAUCUAAAAAGGUUCUUUAUACGUAAUCGCCGAAAAUAAUAAAAAAUUUAAGACUUUUUCGUAGAUCUGGCAACGAUUUGACGUCUUUUUAAUAACGUCGCUGCUGUAAUUACGUAUUUUAACGUACAAUAAACGUAGUUUUAAAAACAGUAUAAACUUUUUUGUACUGUGAUGGUUUUAGGGUAUAUAAAUCUGGUAUCCAGUGCCGUACUGAUCUCAUAUAUAAAUGUGAGGUAAAAAAAUAACUGUCACUGCCUCGAACCUUUGAACAAGAAGGUUUUAACCGCAUCAAAAAAAUAUAAGAUAACUAAUAAAUAGGAUUAUUUUUAAUAUUUAAGAAAUGGUCGGCACGGCACUGCCUUUAAUUAUAAGAAAAUAGGUAAAAUAUAUUGUUGGACACAAUAAGAAGAACUUGUAACGAGUUUAUUGGGUUGUGUUGUGUGUAACUCACUGUUUUAGACAUUGGUAAUUUUAAGAAAGUCGACCUAAGAUAGAGAAACUAUAAUAUUAAUCGAAUAAAAACAUAUUUGUCUAGUAUUUUACUAAAAAAAAAGAUAGUUUUUACAAUAAAUAAUAACGUUUUAAGCA